AGGGGCCUGUCGGGGAAGCCGCAGGUAGCCCCGUGGGGUAGCCGCUCUGUUGGCUUCUCGCCGGGAAGAAGAAGCGGGGAAACGCCCUGCUUCUCUGCCAGCCUUCCUGAGGAGCCUGGUCUGUCUGCUGGGGUCCGUGGGGGUGGGCAGUGUCCUUCAGGAGAUGAGCCCUGAGGGUUGAGUGGGGCGAAUGGGGGACCUUCCCGGGGAGGGGCUUCUGUAAGGCAUCCCCUGGAACCUCACAGGCACCCAGGAGAGCCCGGAGAAGAGCAGAAGGCGGAGCCAGCUCCAACGUCUUCUCCAUGUUCGAUCAGUCCCAGAUCCAGGAGUUUAAAGAGGCUUUCACCAUCAUGGACCAGAACCGGGAUGGCUUCAUCGACAAGGAGGACCUGAGGGACACCUUUGCUGCCCUGGGCCGCAUCAACGUAAAGAACGAGGAGCUGGAGGCCAUGGUGAAGGAGGCCCCCGGGCCCAUCAACUUCACCGUCUUCCUGACCAUGUUUGGGGAGAAGCUGAAGGGUACGGACCCGGAGGAGACCAUUCUCCACGCCUUCAAUGUGUUCGACACUGAAGGGAAAGGUUUCGUCAAGGCUGAUUUCAUCAAAGAGAAGCUCAUGACGCAGGCAGACCGCUUCAGUGAGGACGAGAUCAAGCAGAUGUUUGCUGCCUUCCCGCCAGAUGUGUGUGGCAAUCUGGACUAUAGGAACCUGUGUUACGUCAUCACGCAUGGCGAAGAGAAGGACUAAAAGGGGACCGCCGACGCCCCCCCCCACCCCAUACACACAUUCAGAGGCAGCAAACACGGGGCUGGGGGUGGGGGAGAGGGGCGGCCGUUGAGGAGCCCCUGCAGCCAACGUGUGUG